AUUGUCAAGAUAUUGCAGCGAUAAGCAAUUCGAAAUUGAUGCACUUUACUAUGUAUCACGUCUCUGGCAUAAGAUUUAUAAAAUCAGCAUAUUUUACAUUUCAGCUACAUUAGAAUAAUUUUUAAUGAAAAAGAAACUUUAAAAUUAUUCCGUACAUCUAAAAGCAACUCUACCCUUUCGAUUAUCCGAUAUUUUUACAAUAUUUGCUCGUAUUUUUGACAUUUCUGUUGAUUUGUGGGUUUGAAAUCCUGUUGCUUUUACAACCCGUUUGCUUUUACGACAAAAUUUAAUUAGGAUCUGCAGAAAAAUGGCGUUCAAGCCAAUAGAUCCAAAACGUGAUGAGUUUCGUCGCUAUCUUGAGCGUUCCGGUGUAAUAGAAGCCUUGACAAAAGUUUUUGUGAGAAUAGUGAAAGAGCGCCCCGAAAAUCCUCUCGACUUUUUGCGUCAUAACUUGGGAGAUGCUCUGCAUCAAGCUGAUAGUAUGGCAUAUUUGCAGACCGAGCUGGAAGAAGCCCGCAGUGAAAUACAGCGAUUACGUGGUUUAGUUGAAAGCAUUGACCCUGAUGCUCUAAAGGAGCAACAUCUACCAGAGGAUGUGGAAAAAAAAAAUGAUGAAACAACAGAGAAUCAGGAGAAAUGUAGUGAGGAAGAGGCGAAGCCUCAAGAAGACUUUCAAUGCGAGGCAGCUACCGAUGAGAUGAAAUCAGUAGAUUCUCCGGUGCAAGGUAAUUCCUCUCCAAAUAACGGUAUAGUUAAAAAUUCGGAAACUCCAGACGAUUCAGCUUCUGCUAACAAUGCAAACAAAUUGACAGCAGAACAAGCCGACAAUAAUUGAAUACUAGCCCGUCCAUGAUAUAAUAGCUUACAUACAAUACAGUAAGAAGCUGAGUUCCUUAUUUUAGAAGGCACAAAAAGUAUUAUAUAUAUAUAUGUAUACAUUCAUUAUACCAUGCUUAAUAAAGUGAUAUGUAAAAUCGGGAUUCCUUACCGAUCCAAAAUAA